CAAUUUUUGAACAAAAAAAAAAAAAACCUUACGUAAAUCAUGUCAAUACCCACAAUAUCAGACAUACCUAAUACCCGAUGCUCUGCCCUAAGAUUAUGUACAAGUUAGUAGCCCACAUUCUUGGGCUGCCGGCCGGGGACAAUUUUCUAAGCCCAACAAGGUUCCCUCCAUUUGGUUCCCGACUUCCCGCCAAAUGAAAAAACGUAGGUCAAAGGCAUAUAACCUAUCAAAUCUUACCAUCAGGCGAUGACAAAACCCAAAUGGAAAAUACAAAUUCCGCACCCACAGGCUGCUACAAGUGUGGCCGCCCAGGCCACUGGUCACGCGACUGUCCGUCCUCCGCCUCCACCCCUGCUUCCGAUAAUCUUGAGAGUUCCUCUUUUAAGGUCGCCAAUAGCCGGCCUGUUACCAGUGCUACCAGCGGCGUUUCAAAAUCUGUGCCGAAGAAGGUGCCCAGAAGCAGACCGAAGCUCACCGCCGACCUUCUCCUCUCCGAUGAUGGUCUUGGCUAUGUUCUUCGUUACUUCCCUGGGUCCUUUAGGUACGGCGGCCGUGGACGCGAGGUCAGUGAUUUGGGAAGCCUAAUCAGCCUUUAUGGUGAGUGGCACUCUCAUUUGCUUCCAUACUACUCCUUUGACCAAUUUGUACAUAAAGCGGAGCAGGUUGCUGCCAGUAAGCGGGUAAAGACAUGCAUUCGGGAUUUAAGAGAACGAGUUGCCAGUGGAGGAGAUCCUACAAAAUUGCAUGAAGAUCCAAGCAAACAUGAUGAUCCCAACAAAGGACAAGGGGCUGGGCAUUCUGAGGAGCAAAGUGAUGUAGAACCAAGAAAAUUAGACAGAAACCAGGGAGAUCCAUUUUCAGACAUCCAUGGUACUGAUAAUUUAGAGGAGAGUAUGCUACAUGAGAUUUACCAGAAUGUUACUCGAGAACCAUCUCAGGACAUUGAAAGGAACAUGAAUGCUGAUGAUGACCUUCCUGUCAGAAUCUCAAGGACAGAAUCAGCAGAACAAGUACAGAAUGAUGGAAAUGGCUACUCUAGUGAAGCUGUUAUCACCGAAGUGCAGAGAGCUCGUAUGGAAGCUAACAGAUUGAAGGCACUAGAGAGAGCUUCAGCAAGUUCACCCACAAAAGUUCAAAUCACAGAAGAGCAGAGAGCUCGUAUGGAAGUAAAUAGGUUGAAAGCCUUAGAAAGAGCUGCAGCUAGUCGGAAGAGGCAGCUCGACUAAUCACUGGUAUUGUAUUUUUCCCUAUGUCACCAUACUUUGGUGAAGUAUUGUGUCAUACUCUUGGGUAACCUAGUGCAAUUCCACCUGUGAAAAUUCUACAUAUCUUUUCUUGGUUUCUUUUCUCUUUCUUGUCCAGAUGCUUAGUAUACUGCAAAUCUGGUAUUUCUUUGCCAAGAUGAUUUAGAAUGAAUUUUUUUUUUUUUA